UCGCCCACCCAAGUUGAUCCGACCCGAUCCGAUCCGAAAGCCUGUCCAUUUCUCCCAAAGCGACCGCCCAACCGAAGACGACAAUCAACCAGUGAUCACACCCAGAGGGCUUCGGUUCAGCAUAAUCCAAUUAGGGUUCCUCCCUCGGUCCCUCCUUCUGUGUCAUUGCACCUUCGUCUCGACACCGAGGUAUUUAAUUCGACUUCAAAUGGCUGGAAGGACCCCUAUCGCCUCUAAAAGUUCAGCGCUUAUCGCCAUGAUUGCUGACGAGGACACUGUCACUGGGUUUUUACUGGCUGGUGUUGGUAAUGUCGACUUAAGGAGGAAGACAAACUAUCUCAUCGUUGACUCGAAAACAACCGUGAAAGCUAUUGAAGAUACUUUCAAGGAGUUCACAUCAAGGGAGGAUAUCGCCAUUGUUUUGAUCAGUCAAUAUGUUGCAAACAUGAUAAGGUUUCUGGUUGAUAGUUACAAUAAGCCAGUUCCAGCAAUUCUGGAGAUCCCUUCAAAGGAUCAUCCUUAUGACCCUGCUCAUGAUUCAGUGCUGUCAAGAGUGAAGUACCUCUUCUCUGCUGAAUCAGUGGCAUCGGGAAGGCGCUGAACCUUCCAUUAUUUCUUGGGUCUUCUACAGAGAGUAGCUGUGAGUUGAUUUGUCUGCCAGCAUGUAAAUGCCUAUUGCGACUUAUGACUAUGUUAUAGCAAGGGGCAUUGAUGACUUAAUGAUGAAGGUCGCGUUUUUGGUGUUCUCUUGA